UUAGAUAUGUGUGUUUAUGAUUCGAUAAAUGGUAACAUUUCUUUAUAAACAACCACUUGAUACGGACUAGUAGCUCAACAUGGAUAAAUAUUUUAAAGGAAAACGAAUUUUGGUAACUGGAGGAUGUCAAGGCAUUGGUCGCGGCAUAGUUGUAGAGUUAUGGAGGCAAGGUGCGAACGUGGUUACUCUAUCGAACCAACCAGAAAACCUGAAAAAUCUUAAAAUGGAAUAUCCGUCGAUAGAAGUGGUGUCUGUAGACCUGAGAGACUGGGAUAAAACGGCUGCUGUAGUAGAUUCCUUGGGAGUCUUCGACGCUUUAGUUAACAAUGCUGGCGUUGCUAUUAUCGAACCGUUCCUGCAAUGCAAACCCAGCAGUUUUGAUGAGACAAUGACUGUUAACGCCAAAGCCAUUCUUAAUGUAAGCCAAAUAGUCGCAAAGAAGAUGAUAGAAAACGGCAUUAAGGGUUCCAUCGUCAAUAUUUCUUCCCAAGCUUCAAAAGCAGCUCUUCAAGAUCACAUAGCUUACUGUGCGUCCAAAGGCGCGGUUGACGCUAUGACGCGAGUGAUGGCGCUAGAGUUGGGCCCGCUCGGCAUCCGCGUGAAUGCUGUCAACCCGACGGUCAUUAUGACCGACAUGGGGCGCAAGGUGUGGUCUGAACCCGCUAAGUCGCAGCCAAUGUUGGCCAAGAUACCGCUCGGGAGAUUCGGUGAAGUGCCAGAGGUAGUGAACACAGUUCUGUUUCUACUCAGCGAUGGUUCAAGCAUGAUCAGUGGAGUCGAACUGCCCGUCGACGGAGGAUUCCUUGCCACAUAAAUAUUUAUACAUAAAUAGGUUAUGAAAUAAAGAAAAAUAUAUUUUA